AGUUUGAGUGUUACUAGCUCUCACCAUGCAACGGCCAAGUGCUUCCCGAGCUGAAAAUUAUCAGCUUUUGUGGGAUACUAUUGCUUCCUUAAAACAAUGUGAACAAGCUAUGCAACAUGCAUUCAUUCCGGUCAAUGGAACAGAAAUUGAAUAUGAGUUUGAAGAAAUUACUUUGGAGAGGGGGAAUUCUGGCCUGGGAUUCAGUAUUGCUGGAGGGACAGAUAAUCCCCAUAUUGGAGAUGACCCUGGCAUAUUUAUUACGAAGAUUAUACCAGGAGGUGCUGCAGCAGAGGAUGGCAGACUCAGGGUCAACGACUGUAUCUUACGGGUGAACGAGGUCGAUGUGUCUGAGGUUUCCCACAGUAAGGCCGUGGAAGCCCUCAAAGAGGCAGGCUCUAUCGUCCGGUUGUACGUGCGCAGAAGACGACCCAUUUUGGAGACCGUUGUGGAAAUCAAACUGUUCAAAGGGCCUAAAGGUUUAGGCUUCAGUAUUGCAGGAGGUGUGGGGAACCAACACAUUCCUGGAGACAACAGCAUUUAUGUAACUAAAAUUAUAGAUGGAGGAGCUGCACAAAAGGAUGGAAGGUUGCAAGUAGGAGACAGACUACUAAUGGUAAACAACUACAGUUUAGAAGAAGUAACACAUGAAGAGGCGGUAGCAAUAUUGAAGAACACGUCAGAUGUAGUUUAUCUAAAAGUUGGCAAACCCACCACCAUUUAUAUGACUGAUCCUUAUGGUCCACCUGAUAUUACUCACUCUUAUUCUCCACCGAUGGAAAACCAUCUACUUUCUGGCAACAAUGGCACUUUAGAAUAUAAAACCUCCCUGCCGCCCAUCUCUCCAGGAAGGUACUCACCAAUUCCAAAGCACAUGCUUGUUGAAGAUGAUUACACCAGUCACUCCCAACACAGCACUGCAACCCGCCAGCCUUCAGUGACUCUCCAACGGGCUAUCUCACUGGAAGGGGAGCCUCGCAAGGUGGUCCUGCAUAAAGGGUCUACUGGCCUGGGCUUCAACAUCGUGGGUGGAGAAGACGGAGAAGGUAUUUUUGUAUCCUUCAUUCUGGCUGGUGGACCAGCGGACCUGAGUGGGGAGCUCCAGAGAGGAGACCAGAUCCUAUCUGUGAAUGGCAUUGACCUCCGUGGAGCAUCCCAUGAACAGGCUGCUGCAGCACUAAAGGGGGCUGGACAGACGGUGACAAUUAUAGCACAAUACCAACCUGAAGAUUACGCUCGAUUUGAGGCCAAAAUCCAUGACCUACGAGAGCAGAUGAUGAACCACAGCAUGAGCUCCGGGUCCGGGUCCCUGCGAACCAAUCAGAAACGCUCCCUCUAUGUCAGAGCCAUGUUUGACUAUGACAAGAGCAAGGACAGUGGGCUGCCGAGUCAAGGACUUAGUUUUAAAUAUGGAGAUAUUCUCCAUGUUAUCAAUGCCUCUGAUGACGAGUGGUGGCAAGCCAGGAGAGUCACCCUGGAGGGAGACAGUGAGGAGAUGGGGGUCAUCCCCAGCAAACGGAGGGUGGAAAGAAAGGAACGUGCCCGAUUGAAGACAGUGAAGUUUAAUGCAAAACCUGGAGUGAUUGAUUCAAAAGGGGACAUCCCCGGAUUAGGUGACGACGGUUAUGGAACAAAGACUCUGAGAGGUCAAGAAGACUUCAUUCUUUCUUAUGAGCCUGUCACAAGGCAGGAAAUAAACUAUACUAGGCCAGUGAUUAUCCUGGGCCCCAUGAAGGAUCGGAUCAAUGAUGACUUGAUAUCUGAAUUUCCUGACAAAUUUGGCUCCUGCGUGCCUCAUACUACGAGGCCAAAGCGUGACUAUGAGGUGGAUGGCAGAGACUAUCACUUUGUCAUUUCCAGAGAACAAAUGGAAAAAGACAUCCAAGAGCACAAGUUUAUAGAAGCUGGCCAGUACAAUGACAAUUUAUAUGGAACCAGUGUGCAGUCCGUGAGAUUUGUAGCAGAAAGGGGCAAACACUGUAUACUUGACGUAUCAGGAAAUGCUAUCAAGCGGUUACAAGUUGCCCAGCUCUAUCCCAUUGCCAUCUUCAUUAAGCCCAAGUCUCUGGAACCUCUGAUGGAGAUGAACAAGCGUCUAACGGAGGAACAGGCCAAGAAAACCUAUGAUCGUGCAAUUAAGCUAGAACAAGAAUUUGGAGAAUAUUUUACAGCUAUUGUCCAAGGAGACACCUUAGAAGAUAUAUAUAACCAAUGCAAGCUUGUUAUUGAAGAGCAGUCUGGGCCUUUCAUCUGGAUCCCCUCAAAGGAAAAGUUAUAAAUUAGCUACUGCACCUCUGACAACGACAGAAGAGCAUUUAGAAGAACAAAAUAUAUAUAAUAUACUACUUGGAGGCUUUUAUGUUUUUGUUGCAUUUAUGUUUUUGCAGUCAAUGUGAAUUCUUAUGAAUGUACAACACAAACUGUGUGAAGCCAUGAAGGAAACGAAGGGGCCAAAGGGUGGGACAGAAAAGACACUGCAGUACGCAGGAAGGCUUUGGUUUGCUCGAGGGGCCAGGUGUAGGGAUGAACCCCUGACAGGCUUUGUGCCCAAGAGAUGGGCAGCCUCCUCACCCCAGCAGAUGUCCAGAGCUGAUUUAGCUGCUGAGCUCUCUGUGUUUUUUGCUUUAAAGAAAAGUUGCCAGCACUUGAACUUCACCAACCUUCCCAUUACUCACAUCUGUAAUUGGUCCACUUCGAAUUUUAUAACUAUGCACAUCCUUUGAUUUCUUAACAAGCAAAAGAAAAAAAGGAGGAAAAAAGAAAGGAGUCCCUUUGGAGACAGCAUAAUAUCAGGGAAGGAUAAGCGUGUAGUUUCUUUGACUGGCAAAGACGAGCAUUUCAUAAAAUUCGCAAGUAUAUGGAGGACUGACCUUACUGAGAGGAGGGGAUUCCACCUGGUGUUAGCUUUAUGAUUGUUUAUUGUCUAUUUUGCCAUUUAUAAACUGAAAGAAGGCACUAAAGAUGAUAAUAAUUUAUACAAUAAAACUAUAUUAAAUGUAUAGAAACAAAUUUCUAUAGGU